UCACUCUGACUAUUUCUACCCCCUUAAAUUGCUCUCUCUCUCUCUCUCUCUCUCCCCCCCCCCCCCCCCCCCCCCCCCGGGUUUCAGUCCAAGCCCUGAAUUUUUUGCACAUGGCAUCUGAUCUUCAUGAAGAGUUGUCGACAAGCGAAGAAGAAGAACAUGAUGAUCAGACGCCGGCGCCGAACAACAGCGAGGUGGCCGGCACGGGCCGGUCCUACGAGUGCGUGUAUUGCAAGCGGGGAUUCACCACGGCGCAGGCUUUGGGCGGCCACAUGAAUAUUCAUCGCAAAGAUAAAGCCAAAACUCGGCCUGCCGCACCUUUGAUCCAUUCAAGUCAUAAUUAUAAUAAGCAUGAUGAACAGUUUUGUACCAAUCCAGGUAUCUUCUUGCAGCCAGUUUCAAACCACCUCGCCCCUUAUUAUAAUAAUUCUGCGGUAUCGGAGGUUGGAUAUCGGACGUAUUUUCCUGCUCCGGCGGCAACGGCUGCAAGACCAAGCAAUGAAUUCAGUGGUCAAAACCCACAAAUCUUCAGACCAUCUGGAGAUGAUUGGCGCUUGAGCUUAAGCCUACGAUUUGCUCCGGUUCUGCUUGAAGAAGAUACGGAUCAGGAGAUGAGAGGUGGAAGUGAAGAAGAUGGACUGGAUUUGGAGCUACGGCUUGGCCACAAUCCAUAAAUUAUUUUUAUCUAUAUAUAAUAUAUACAAGAAUAUUGUAUCUUCUUAUACAUAUGAUGAGACAAGUUCUUCGUGGUAUGAUUUUGUGCGGAACGUUUCUUAUGCAAAAACGCCAUUUAAUGGGAGAUCAUGAAGGAAAAGUGUUGUGCAGUUGGGAUGAAGGAAGAUACAUCUAGCAGUGAAUCAUCGCUUUCCAGGAUCAGAUUUUUGAGGUAGUUAAUUAUUAUGCUGCUUCAUCUCAACCCUAUAUAUUUUUAUCAAUUAUUAGGGUUUCGAAGUGUGUACUUCUUCUGCUAUAUAUGUGUGUAUCUCCCUGCAAUCUAUUUAUUACCUUUUGUUUUCUCUGCAAAGCCAUUAUUUUUCUCUCUGAAAAUGAAUUUCGCAUAUAUGAUACACAAACAUCUUACUCA